ACACGGGGCGUAAAAGCAUGCAAAAUAAAUGUAGGUGACAAUAUUCGCGGUUGCUUCGCGGUUUUUACGCAAGUGUUAAAGGUAGGAAAGGUAGAUCUAAAAAACAAAAAGUGCUAGUGAAAUAAAAUUUAAAAGAAUAUCGUUUUUUUUGUGUUUUGUUUCUACUUCAAAAUGGACCUGGUGCUGUAUCUCGGUGCUUUUGUUAUUUUGUUUCUUUUGUGGAUCUGGAUUAAAGGGCUAGAUUAUGUUAUAAUUCACCAGCGGUGGAUAUUUGUUUGUCUAUUCCUUCUGCCCUUGUCCGUGGUGUUUGAUGCCUACUACUAUGUACGAGCCUGGAUCAUCUUUAAGAUGUGCUCAGCGCCAAAGCUGCACAACCAGCGGGUCCGAGACAUCCAGAGACAGGUUCGUGAGUGGAGACAGGAGGGAGGAAAGGCAUAUAUGUGCACAGGACGUCCCGGCUGGCUGACCGUGUCUCUGAGGGUGGGGAAAUAUAAGAAGACGCACAAGAAUAUAAAAAUCAAUAUGAUGGACAUCCUAGAGGUGGACACAGAGAGACAGGUGGUACGUGUGGAGCCCCUGGUAAAUAUGGGUCAGGUGACAGCCCUGUUGAAUUCCAUUGGCUGGACGCUGCCUGUGUUGCCCGAGCUUGAUGAUCUUACAGUAGGGGGUUUGGUAAUGGGCACAGGGAUCGAGUCCUCAUCUCAUAUUUAUGGCCUGUUCCAACACAUCUGUGUGGCAUUUGAGCUGGUGCUGGCAGAUGGCAGUCUGGUUCGCUGCACUGAGAAAGAGAACUCGGAGCUGUUCUAUUCAGUCCCGUGGUCCUGUGGAACCCUGGGCUUCUUGGUGGCAGCUGAGAUUCGGAUUAUUCCCGCUCGGCAGUGGGUGAAGCUGCGCUACAGGGCCGUACGGGGUUUGGAUGCCAUCUGCAAGGUGUUUGCAGAGGAGUCUGCUAACAAAGAGAACCACUUUGUGGAGGGGCUGCAGUAUAGCUUGAACGAGGCUGUUAUUAUGACCGGCGUUAUGACUGACCACGCUGAGCCUGACAAGAUCAAUCGCAUUGGUCACUACUACAAGCCCUGGUUCUUUAAGCAUGUGGAGAAUUACUUGAAGGAAGAUGGAACUGGUGUGGAGUACAUCCCACUCAGACACUACUACCACAGGCACACACGAAGCAUCUUCUGGGAGCUACAGGACAUCAUUCCAUUUGGGAAUAACCCGCUCUUCAGGUAUUUAUUUGGCUGGAUGGUUCCUCCUAAGAUCUCCCUGCUGAAGCUGACUCAGGGUGAGACCAUCCGCCGGCUUUACGAGCAGCAUCACGUGGUUCAGGACAUGCUGGUGCCCAUGAAGCACAUGCACACGGCUAUCUCGCAGUUCCACCACAACAUUCAUGUGUAUCCCUUAUGGCUUUGCCCAUUCAUGUUGUCCAAACGGCCAGGCAUGGUGCAUCCUAAAGGAGAUGAGGAUGAGCUCUAUGUGGACAUUGGGGCGUAUGGAGAGCCCAAAGUUAAACACUUCGAGGCACGAGCUUCCACACGUCAGCUUGAGAAGUUUGUCCGAGAUGUAAACGGUUUCCAGAUGCUGUAUGCUGAUGUGUACAUGGAACAAGAAGAAUUCUGGAAAAUGUUUGAUGGCACGCUUUAUCAUAAACUAAGGAAGGAGCUGAACUGUGAGCAGGCAUUUCCUGAAGUGUACAACAAAAUCUGCAAAGCUGCAAGACUCUAAAUUCAAUCCUGAUUGAUAUACAGGAAAAAGUGAAAUAAAUGAAAGAUCUUGAAAAGGCAAACAGCUAUGGGCAAUAGUACCGUAAUAUAUAUACGCUCGCUGGUCACUCCAUUAGGUACACCUUGCCAGGAGUGGGAUGGAACCGCUUUUGCCUUCAAAACUGCAUUAAUUAUUUGUGGCAUAGAUUCAAUUUUUGAGAUUUAUUGACAUGGGGCAUCACGCAAUUGCUGUAGACCUUCUUGCAAAUCUCUCGCUCCACCUUGAGAGAGAAAGGUGCUUUAUUAGACUGAGAUCUGGUGACUGUAGGGGCCAUUUCAGUACAGUUAACUCACUGGCAUGCUCAAGAAACCAGUUUUAAGAUGAUUUUAGCUUUGUGAUAUGGAACAUUAUUCUGUGAUCAUAAAGAGAUGUUCAGGACCAACACUCAGGUCAACAUCCUUACACUGUCAGACUGAACCGUUGGUAAAAGGCAGGAUGGGUCCAUGCUUUCAUGGUGUUUACACCUAAUUCUAACCCUGCUAUCCGAAUGUGAAAAUUGUAGCCUCAGUUUUCUAUUCUUAGCUGAGAGGAGUGGCACUCGAUGUGGUCUUCUGCUGCUGCAGACCGUCUGCUUCAUGGUUUGAUGUGUUGUGCAUUCAGAGAUGCUCUACAUCAUACUUCUCUUGUAAUGAGAUGUUAUUUGAGUUAUUAUUACCUUUCUAUCAGCUCCAAACAGUCUGGCCAUUCUCGUCUGACCUCUGCCAUCAACAAGGCAUUUCCGCUCACUGGAUAUUUUCUCUUUUUCAGACCACUCUCUGUAAACCCUAGAGAUGAUAGUGUGUGAGAAUCCCAGUAGAUCUUUAUUUUCGGAAAUUCCCAGUCCAGCCCACUUGGCGCCAACAACCAUGCCCACGUUCAAAGUCACUUAAAUCACCUUUCUUACCCAUUCUGAUGCUCAGUUUGAACUUCCAUGUCUAUAUGCCAAGUGCAUUGAGUUCCUGCCAUGUGAUUGGCUGAUUGAAAGGUGUACCUAAUGAUGUGGCCGGUGUUCAUACAGUAUAUAUAUAUAUAUAUAUAUAAAACAUACUUUUUGAGCCUUGUUACAUUUAAAUCUAUUUUUGAUAAAGAAUAUAAAGGAAAUCAGUUAAUUAUGUUUGGGGACAUGUACCUUAUCUUUACUGCAUAUUAUAGUUGUACAGUAUUUUGUCAAUAUGGUAUAUUUUAAUUUCUCCAGGGUAAUUUUUAUAUUAAAUCUUUCUUUAAACUCUGGGAAAAUAAUUGUCCAAAUAAGUCUUGGAUUGCAAAAGCAACUUCGUAAUUUUGUUAACUUGGUAUGAAUGUUUUUCCACUGUAUCACCACUCAUGUACCACUUGAGGAAAUUUACAUUUACUGUAUUCCUUUAAGCUUUAUAGCUGUAAACAAUUUUUUCCUUCACUUUCACUGUCAUUUUUAGAUGUUCUAAAUAAAAAGUUGUCGGGUUAA